UGCGACCGGAGAAGGAAGACAGGAUAAAGACAUGCUGUGGAAGAGAAACAGAGAUUAAUAACAGCUUUGGUUUGGGGCUCGGGUGUCACGUGACCUUCAACACUGACAGCUGCUGCAGGACCAGCUCUGCCAGCCAACAGGAGCACUGUUCAUUUCUCAGGACGGAGGAUCAUCAGAGUCUCCUGACCACCCGUCAUCCAGCUGAAGUGUCCUCGAGCCGAGCGCCGACUCUCUGCCAGGUACAGAGAAACCCGAUCCAGCAUGGAGGGGAGGCGGGCUGCUCUGGUCGGCCUCAUCAUGGCGGCGUGUUUCUACAGCAGCGGCGCUCAGACGACAGUCUGUACUGCAGAGGCCGUGGCAGACAUCGUCUUCCUGGUCGAUGGCUCGUGGAGCAUCGGCGCCGAGAACUUCGAGCAGAUCCGUCAGUUUCUGUUCACACUGGUCAAUAGCUUUGAUGUCAGCCCUGAUCAUGUCCGCAUCGGCCUUGUCCAGUACAGUGACAAUCCACUCACAGAGUUUCUGCUCAACACCUUUGACAACAAGGAGGACAUCCUCAAUAACAUCAUCAAACUGCCUUACAGGGGGGGCGGAACCCUGACCGGUAAAGGCUUGGAAUUCAUGUUGAACGAACACUUUGUGGGGAAAGCUGGAAGCCGAGCUGUGCAGAAAGUGCCGCAAAUUGCUGUGGUGAUCACUGAUGGCAAAUCCCAAGACGAUGUAGAGUCUCAUGCUAAGAACCUGAGGAGAAGAGGGAUUGUUUUGUAUGCAAUUGGUAUCAAAGAUGCAGAUGCAAGCCAGCUGAGGGAGAUUGCAAAUGACGAUCAGCAUGUUUACAGUGUAUCAGAUUUUGCAGCGCUGCAGGGAAUUUCUCAGAACAUCAUCCAGACGUUAUGCACGACUGUAGAAGAAGCCAAACGACAACUCCUGCAACUGUCCCAAGAAUGUGCCAGAGCCACCGUGGCAGACAUAGUCUUCCUGGUUGACAGCUCAUCUAGCAUUGGCGUUGAUAACUUUGAGGAAAUUAGGCAGUUUCUCCGAAGUUUCAUUUUAGGGCUUGACAUCGGCCCUGACAAAAUUCGGAUUGGCUUGGCUCAGUAUAGCAAUGAGACCUACCAGGAGUUUCUGCUGAAAGAUCACAUGGACAAGGAUUCUCUGCUGGCCGAAGUCGAUCAAUUUCCAUAUCGAACAGGAGGCAGAGAAACGGGAAAGGCUAUUGACUUCCUCCAGUCAGUGUAUUUCACCAAGGAGGCAGGGAGCCGGGCGAGCCAGCGAGUUCCUCAGUUUGCUGUAGUCAUCACAGACGGGGACUCCACGGACGAUGUAGUCGAGCCCGCCAAGCGCCUGCGCGAUCAAGGAGUUAUCAUAUUUGGCAUUGGGGUGGGAGAGGUUAACCAGCAGGAGCUCGAGUCUAUCGUAAACCUACCUGCACACCACUUUCUUUACACUAUCGAUAGCUACCAGGCUCUACAGCGGCUAACAGACAGUCUGCUGCAAACUGUAUGCAUCUCCGUGGAGAGUCUGAGUCAAGCCUUGGCAGAAAAGUUUGCAGACAUUUUCUUCCUGGUGGACAGUGGCAUCAGUCAAGCAGAUUUCCAGCAGAUCAGAUCCAUCCUGGUCCGACUGGUCAAUCAACUCAACAUUGGAGCUUCUGGCUACCGUCUUGGAUUGGCCCAGUAUGGUACGGUUACCAAAGUGGAGUUUCUUCUCAAUACUUUCCAAACCAAAGAGGAGACGCUCGCUGGUGUAAGGUCCUUCCGCCAGAGCCGACUUCAGCCCAAUCAGCCACGCUACCUGGGCAGCGCACUGGAGUACGCCAGCUCUAACUUCUUCACGAAUGAAUCAGGAAGUCGGGCAUCCCAAGGCUUCCGACAGUUUCUGGUUGUUCUAAGUGGAAAAGACUCGGAUGAUCAGGUUUUUAAGCAGACACGUCUGAUCAAAUCUCUAGGCGUAACUAUCGUUGGAGUGAGCCUCGGUGCAUCAAUGGAUGAAAUUCGUGUAAUAGCCACAGCACCGUACGUGUACGAGUCUACCAUCAAUGCAGUGCCUACGCUGAAGAACGUUUUUGAAGCGGAGGAAGUGAAGAUCACUCUCACUCGAGACUGCAAAGCAGCCAAACUGGCAGACCUCGUCUUCAUCGUGGAUGAGUCGGGAAGCAUCGGCUCUGAAAACUUCGACCUGGUGCGCUCUUUCCUGCAGUCAGUUGUCAGCGGCUUGGACGUCGGUGACAAGAGAGUUCGGGUGGGUAUCGUUACGUACAGCGACCGAGCCACAGCGCUGGUCUACCUCAACAGCUUUAAUCAAAAGGACAGUUUGCUGAAUUUCAUCAAAAUCCUGCCUUAUCGCGGAGGUGGUACAAACACCGGCGCUGCCCUCGACUUCACCCGCGAAAAUAUUUUCACAGAGGACGCUGGAAGCAGGAAAGAUAAGGGUGUUCAGCAGGUGGCGGUCGUGAUCACAGAUGGUGAAUCGCAGGAUAACGUGACCGAGGCAGCAGCUGCUCUCCGCCGUGCUGGUGUCACCGUUUACGCUGUAGGAGUCCAAAACGCCAACGAGGCUGAACUGAACCAGAUAGCGUCCCACCCCCCCAACAAGCACGUGUUCAUAGUGGACACUUUUGACAAGCUGAAAGGUCUGAAGAAGAACCUGCAGAAGACUCUUUGCUAUAACAUCAUUCACCAGGCGGUCUCAGUCAGCACAAGAAGAGCUGGCAUCAAAGAAGGCUGCGUGCAGACCGAUGAAGCAGACAUGUUCUUCCUGAUUGACCACUCGGGAAGCAUUCACCCCACUGACUUCUAUGACAUGAAGAAGUUCAUCAUUGAGUUUAUUAAUACCUUCCGUAUCGGGCCUCAGCAUGUCCGAAUGGGCGUUGCCAAAUACGCAGAUUCGCCAAACCUGGAAUUUGAUCUGACCGAUUACACAGAUGCAACCACGUUGGAGAAAGCUGUGGAGGAAAUUAUACAAGUAGGUGGCGGCACACAGACGGGGCGGGCCCUGGAAUUCAUGAGUCCACACUUUGAGAGAGCUGUGGCCACUCGUGGUCACAAAGUCCCAGAGUUCCUGGUGGUCAUCACGGAUGGAAAAUCUCAGGAUAAGGUCAAGGUUCCAGCAGAGCGACUGAGGAAGCAGGGUGUCAUUGUCUAUGCCAUUGGGGUGAAAGACGCCGAUGUGGCUGAGCUGGAAGAGAUUUCCGGCAACCCCAAGAGGACUUUCUUUGUCAAUAAUUUUGAUGCCUUAAAGCCGAUCAAAGAUGACAUCAUCACAGAUAUCUGUUCUCCAGACGUUUGUAAAGAUAUACCAGGCGACCUCGUCUUCUUGAUUGACAGCUCUGGAAGCAUCUAUCCCGAAGACUACACAAAAAUGAAAGAGUUCAUGAAAUCGGUCAUUAGGAAGUCCAUCAUUGGGAAGAAUGAGGUGCACGUAGGUGUCAUGCAGUUCAGCACUGUCCAAAGACUCGAGUUCCCACUCAACGUCCACUACACCAAAGAAGAAAUGUCGACAGCCAUCGAUAACAUGGAGCAGAUGGGUGGAGGCACGUACACGGGCAAAGCCAUAAGAGAAGUGUCUCAGUAUUUUGAUGCAGCCAGAGGAGGACGGCCCAGCCUGAGGCAGAGGCUAGUGGUCAUAACAGACGGCGAGGCCCAAGAUGCAGUCAAUCGCCCCGCUGCAGCUCUGAGGGCCAAAGGAGUGGUGGUCUAUGCCAUUGGAGUGGUGGAUGCCAACACCACCCAGCUGCUUGAGAUCAGUGGAUCCCCAGAUAGGAUGUAUGCUGAGAGGGACUUUGAUGCUUUGAGGGACUUGGAGAGUCAAGUGGCUUUGGAGCUCUGUGAUCCGGAGAGAGAAUGCAAGAAGACAGAAAGAGCUGACAUCAUUUUCUUGGUGGACGGUUCCACAAGCAUAACCCUGAAAAAGUUUCAAAGCAUGCUGAAGUUUAUGCAGUCGAUGGUGAACCAAACCACAGUUGGCAAAGACCUGACUCGCUUCGGUGUCAUCCUCUACUCGAAUGAACCCAAGUCUAUUUUCACUCUCAAUCAGUUCAGCUCCAAGCAGGAGGUUUCCAAGGCCAUAAUGGCUCUCAAAUCCCCGUAUGGAGACACGUACACUGGCAAAGCUUUGAACUAUGCUCUACAGUUCUUUGAUGCAAAAUAUGGUGGACGGGCAGAGUUGCAGGUGCCUCAGAUCCUCAUGGUAAUUACCGAUGGCGAUGCUACUGACCCAUACAGUCUGAAUGAACCAUCUGUGGCUCUGAGAAACAAAGGGGUCACUGUCUUCAGUAUUGGAGUGGAAGGAGCCAACAAGACACAGCUGGAGGUCAUGGCUGGUCAUGAUAAAUCCAGAGUUUUUUACGUGGAUAACUUUGAUGCCCUGGAAAAACUCUACAAAAACAUCACACAAGUCCUGUGCAACUCCACCAAACCAGUUUGUGAAAAACAAAGUGCUGACCUGGUCUUCCUAGUUGAUCAGUCGGGUAGCAUUAGCCAAGCUGACUACGCAGUCAUGAAGAACUUCACCAUAGAUCUCAUCAACAGCUUCAAAGUCAGUGAAGACUUCAUUCGUGCUGGGUUUGCCCAGUUCAGCGACAUUUUUCAACACGAGUUUUACCUCAACCAGUUCUACACUGAGAAGGAAAUAUCGGAUCACAUCUUGAAAAUGAGUCAGCGUGGGGGAGGAACCAACAUCGGACUGGCCCUGACUUCCAUUAAGGAGUAUUUUGAGGCAUCGCGGGGCAGUCGUAAAUCUGAAGGCAUCUCCCAGAAUUUGGUGUUGAUCACAGAUGGAGAAUCGCAAGAUGAUGUUGAAGACCCUGCCAUCGAACUAAGGGCUCUGGGAAUCGAGGUGUUUGCCAUCGGCAUUGGAGAUGUCCACAUUCUGGAGCUGCUGCAGAUCACCGGCACACCGGAGAGCCUCUUCACUGUGCAGAACUUUGGCAGCUUGGAAAAUAUCAAGCAAAAGGUGGUCGACACCAUCUGCAAAUCCAAACUUAUCCCAGAUCGACCAGCCUGCAGCAUUGACAUCGCCAUAGGAUUCGAUAUUUCUAGAAGAAGAAAUCCAAAUGAGGUGCUGGUCAGCGGCCACAACAAGCUCAGGACCUUCCUGCCAGAGAUCGCUAAUUACGUUUCCUCAGUACAAGGCCUGUGCUGCCUCGGCCCCGAGCCCAUCAAACCCAACGUAGCCUAUCGAAUCGUGAGCCGCGACGGAAACACAGUGGAAGACUUUAGCUUUUCGGAGUACAGUAACGACGUGGUGACAAAAGUCAUGGACUUUAAUUUAGCAGAGCCUACGUACUUCAACACUGCUCUGCUCAGAUCCUUUGGGGAGAAGUUCAAGCUUCAGUCCAAUGCUGGUGUGAAGGUGCUGGUGAUCUUCUCAGAUGGAUUUGAUGAAGAUGUGAUGAUGCUGGAGAACGAAUCAGAGUCACUGAGACAGUCUGGCGUCAGCGCUCUGCUGGUUGUGGCUCUCGAGGGAGCGCGUUACCCCACCCAGCUGCAGAUGGUGGAGUUUGGUCGAGGUUUCGGCUACAAACUUCCUCUGAGCAUCGGCAUGCCGAGCAUCGGCAGCACCAUCCUCAAACAGAUUGACGCCGUGUCAAACAGGGAGUGCUGCGACGUCAUGUGCAAAUGUUCAGGACAUGAAGGCAUCCGUGGCUCUCGGGGCCCCCCGGGGUCAAAGGGCACGGUUGGACAGAAGGGUCACCCCGGCUUCCCCGGAGAGGAGGGCCUCGCUGGCGGGCGAGGUUUACCUGGACCGAGCGGACCUCAGGGAGUCCAGGGCUGCUCGGGAGUCAGAGGACAGAAGGGCUUCAGAGGGCUGCGAGGAGAAAGGGGCGAAGACGGAGAGGACGGGCUGAGCGGAGUGGACGGAGAACAGGGACUGACAGGACAGGAUGGAGCCCGAGGAGAGAGAGGACACCCCGGCAACCCGGGUAUCCCAGGAAUUAGGGGGGAGACGGGGGUGAAAGGACAGCAAGGACUGAGAGGAGAUCCGGGACAACCGGGGGCCGAUAACACCUCCCCAGGAGCCAAAGGAGACCCAGGAAACGCCGGGCUACCGGGAGCACCUGGGCAGGACGGCCGGUCCGGAGAGUCCGGGAUCGUCGGAAACCCGGGACUGAACGGAAGACGGGGACGACUGGGUGACAAGGGUGCAGCUGGACCACCUGGAGAUCUGGGACUAGAAGGCAGCCCAGGUGCUUCUGGUCCACAGGGUCCCAGAGGGGUCAGAGGUCAGCCUGGCCCGAGAGGAAUCCCCGGCCUUCCUGGACCUCAGGGUGAACCAGGUCCUGCUGGAGACCCGGGAUUACCUGGACGGAUCGGUGGUAACGGACAGAAGGGCCAACCAGGAGAUCCCGGUGAUAAGGGCGCACUGGGACCGGACGGACCCCGAGGAAUGCCGGGUCAGGACGGCCGGGAUGGUUACGGACCCGCAGGACCUCGAGGUGCAAAGGGUGAUCCCGGUUUCCCUGGUUAUCCCGGUCUUCGGGGCGAGGAGGGGCUGCAGGGACCCAAAGGAUAUCCAGGGCCCAAAGGGAACCGUGGCCGAGGGGGUAACGCUGGUUUGCCGGGAGAGUCGGGAGUUCCCGGAGAACCAGGAUAUCCGGGACACAGGGGGCCCCGAGGUUCUCCUGGAGGCAAAGCCAUGACUGACUGUCAGCUGAUCACCUACAUCAGGGACAACUGUGCUUGCUCUGCUGAUCGGUCAGCGUGCCCGGCCUACCCCACCGAGCUGGUGUUCGGUCUCGACAUGUCUGAUGACGUCACCCCGGGGGACUUUGGUAGGCAGCGCUCCGCCCUCCUCUCCCUGCUGAAUGACAUCAGCAUCGCAGAGAGUAACUGCCCGCACGGCGCGCGUGUCGCUGUGGUGGGAUACAACACCUACACCAAGUACCUGAUCCGCUUCCAGGACUACCGGCGCAAGGCGCAGCUGCUAGAGGCCGUGAGGAACAUCGCCCAGGAGAGGACGUCCAACAAACGGCAGCUGGGCGCCGCCAUGCGCUUCGUGGGUCAGAACAUCUUCAAACGAGUCCGAGCAGGAAUAAUGAUGAGGAAGGUGGCCGUCUUCUUUUCUAGCGGGCCUACAGAGGGGGCUAACGACAUUGUAACGGCCACGAUGGAGUACCGGGCCCUCAACAUUGUUCCAGCCGUCGUCUCUCUGAGGAACACUCCUGAUAUUGAACAAGCGAUGCAGGUUGAUGACUCGAGAAACUUUGUGUUCACGGUGCUGGGAGAACGGGCCACCGGGCUCAGGAAGGUCAGGAACUGCGCCAUCUGCUACGACCCCUGCAGGCGUGCACAGGAGUGCGCCUUCAUCCAGGAACCAGUGACACCUCAGCAGGUGGAUCUGGACCUGGUCAUGGUGCUGGACAGCUCCAGGGAGAUCCAGGCCGAUGAAUACACCGGUGCCCAGCAGCUGCUGAGCUCUGUGGUGGAGCAGCUGGCCGUGAGUCCACAGCCCCGCCGAGCCGGCCGUCAGGCCCGAGUAGCUCUGGUCCAACAGAGCACCAAGGUGGAGUUCGGCCUGCAGACCUACCAGAACGUUGACGACAUGAAGACGUACAUGAUGCAGAACAUGCAGCAGCAGGGCGGCUCUUUGGCACUGGGACAGAUGCUGGACUACACCCUGAGGGAGGUGCUGCUGAAGGCCGGCCAGCCGCGCAGCAAGAGGGCCGUCCUGACUGUGGUGGGCACCAAGACGGCCUACAGGGACCAGGCCAAGCUGCACUACAUCUCCCAGAAGGCCAAGUGUGAGGGGGUGGCGCUGUUUGUGGUGGCAGUGGGUGAUCGUUACAACCGGACGGAGGUGGAGGAGCUGGCCAGCGUGCCGACACAGCAGCACCUGAUCAGACUUGACAGGCUGAAGGCCGACGAGCAGGGCUACGCCCAACGCUUCAUCAGGGUCUUCUUCUCCGCCCUCAACAAGGGAGUCACCUCAUAUCCUCCUCCCUCUCUGAGGCGAGCAUGUGACCAGCUGGGUGGCCAGGAGGGAGGACAGAUAUUGAUAACGGGUCAGGGCGUGGCACAGGUGGAGGACGUGUUUGGAGAGGAGGUGGAGGAGGACUUCCAGGAGCAGACCGGAGGACAGAUUCAGACCGGGCAGCUGGACGUCAUCGACACUCUGAUCAGAGGAAACGGCCAGAAAGUCGUCUCUGACACGCACGUCAAAGCCCGGUGUCAGCUGCCCGCUGAUAUCGGCGACCAGUGUAAGAAAUACGCCACAGCGUGGUUCUUUGACACAAACGUCGGUGCAUGCUCUCGGUUCUGGUAUGGCGGCUGCGGCGGCAAUGCCAACCGCUUUAGAACGGAAUAUGAAUGUUUCCGGACAUGUGGGAACCAGCAUCCCAACAUCGUGGAGAAGACUCUGCCUACCAGCUUUGUCUCUAAAGAUGCCUGUUUCCUCCCUCAGGACCCGGGCAGCUGCGACAACUACACGAUGAUGUGGUUCUUUGACACCGCACAGAAGGAGUGUGCUCGCUUCUGGUACGGCGGCUGCGGCGGCAACAAGAACCGCUUCCUGACGCAGGAGGAGUGUCAGAGCCUGUGUGUGAUGAAGAUCAGAUGAGGAGGACGAGAGCGUCACGGCUGAACACGCAUAAGGAAACCUGCCGAGGACACUCGAUGAAUUAGUCACAGCAUUUCCCCCCCGCCCUCCUCCCCCGCUGCCAUCAGGGAAACAGCUCGAACGCUUUCAGUCAUCCGUCGCCUGCUUUUUGUUCGUUUACACGCAUGUUCGAUUUAAGGAGGCCCAGAAAGGUCACAGGAACAAUCGCCUUUGCAUAAAGUCUCAGUCCCAGCACGUGUGACCUGUAGCAGCUGACACGGUGCAGUCGCUGCUCAUCGCACUGGUUUGUCCUUGUUCACAUUUAGGAAACAUAAAAAAGUGAGAAAUACAAAUUCAGGACUUGCUGUUUGUACAGUUAGCCUCAGUCAAAGAGGCCACGCCCCCUGUAAUGCAAACUUUAAAACGGGCUGGAAACAUGCUUAUUUCUGCUGGAAAGGUUUAACGUGCGAUUCUGUGGGGACUCACUCACUGCUGCCUCUGCUGGGCGCAGGAGGAACUGCAGGUUGGUGCUGUAUCAUAAUCCAGCUCAAAGGAAAUCUGAACAUUAUUGUGACCUUUCAGGGCCUCCGUAGUUUUCCCUCCAGAGCACAUCCCGUUUCACUCGCAGCUCGACUGGCCGACCCCCCUCACAGACCCCGCCCACGCUCCUUUCCCUCCAGUCAGGUGCUAUUUUUUUAUAAAUCAGGUGCAGGCUGAUGUGACAACAAGGUUAAGGCUUGAAUGUUUGAAGGAAUCGAAGCAGAGAGAGGUGAAGUUAACGUGUUGAUGUGUUAUUUUCCGUAAACCUGAUGCAGCAUUAAAAACACAGGUAGAGAAGCGAAACAUGAUCUGUACGUUAUCGUUCCCACAGACAGGACCGUAUGGACUUCAUGUAACUGUAACUCAGCAGCUUUCACACGUCAACGAUGGUUUAAGAAAAUAAAAUGAUCUCAAGUGUC